AUGAGCGACGAGACGAAGCCGACCGGUCCCGAGGCCGUUGUUCCCGAGGCCACCGCUCCCGAUGCCGCCGCUCUUGAUGCCACCAACCCCGGUGCCGCCGCUUCUGAUUCCGAAGAAGCUCCCGUUCACACCGUUCACAACAUAAGCUCGAAGGAGGAGUUUUACCAGGUGAUCAAAGGCGAGGUUGUGACGCUCAGUGCAGGUGGCACCGUGCUCCCCUCCAAGAAGGUCGUUAUCCUGGACAGCUUUGCCAUCUGGUGCGGUCCUUGCAAGAUGAUUGCCCCGGUGUUUCAGGAUAUGGCGAAGGAGUUUACAAACGUCCAUUUCAUCAAGUUCGAUGUCGACCAACUGCCCGAUCUGGCCCAGGAGCUCGGCGUCGCUGCCAUGCCGACCUUCUUCAUCUUCAAAGAUGGCCAGAAGGUUGACAAGAUUCAAGGUGCUAAUCCUCCUGCCAUCAAGGCUGCCCUCGUGAAGUAUUCCGCCGGUGCAUAG